AUGAACUGGACCGACCGCAUCGUCGACGUUGAGACGGAUCUCCCGGAGCGCGAGCUACGGAGCAAGCUGAGCGAGGCGUGCGGAGAGAUGACACGUUUCCUGCCGUGGGAUACGUCGACCGACGGGGUUCCCGUUUCGCACCAGCAGCGGCGACGGCGACACUAUUUCGUGGAGUUCCGCUUCGCAUCGUUCGGACGUGAUGAGGACCGGCUUCCAAAGCUGCCAGAGACGCGCAUACAGCCGCUAUGUACGAACGCGCAGCUCAUUUGGCCCUACAUGCAGGCCUCGCGCGAGAGGCCGUCUGGCGGUCUGCAGGCGCCCUUGCAAAAUAUUCCAAACGUCUCGAAUGCUCCCGAUGGCGACAGCCCACGGAUUUUACCUCUGAACGGAGUGACAACAGUUCCUUUGGCUGCGAAAUCUCCCCUUCGGAAAUCCACAGGGUCAUUCCUCAAAGAUCUGAAGUUUAGGGUGUCGGAGAACGACGACCCAUCCAAGCCGAUCGCAGACCCGGACAAAAAUCCCUCUGCAUUGCGCCCAUCUUUCGCCUCGCCAUCCUACGGGCCUUCGACCACGAGCGAAGUUCUACUGUCGCCGCAGUGUACUGUGCCCGUGCAUGUACCCUUCACGUUGCACAACACACUCACCCUCUCAUUGGCUGGUCGACUGGUAUCCGUCGACCUCGACGCGGCGGAUGACGAUCCACAGGCGAUCAUCGCACUUCUAUGCGAGGCGCAGAGCGAGAAGGACCAGUGGAUGAUCGCGGGCGCUCACUAUCGCAGAAGGGGUUUGCCACAAGCCGCGAUCGCGACCGUAGACGCCAUGUUGGGAGUCAUGGCGAAACAGACACCUGCGGUAAACAUCGCGGAUCUGAAGCCCGUACAACUCUUCAUGUCGUCUUGCCACACGGACCUCAUGCGACGUGCUCGCACUCCCGCAGGGAAAGAAACGCCGGAGUCACGCGCCCACUUCGACCAGGCGAAGAUGUGGCUGCAAAAGGUCUACGGGAGGGAGGUACCGGCGCUGCCCCCGCCGCCGAGCACCCGCGGAGUUCUUCUCGACACCGGAGCUCGGAGCGCAGUGGCCGGCGUCCGAGAGCGUUCGAUGGUCGCACAACUACCCCACUCUGGGUCGGAAACAUCGCAACCCACCAAGCGUCGAUUAGACAGCCUAGGAGACGAGCCAGGGAACGAACGCACGUCGCGUCGGCGCAUCGAGCAAGGCAAGGACUGCGAGGAAGGCUUCGGAGGGGCCGUGAUGGCCUCGAUGAAGGUAUAGACCGCAAGCGUGGUUUCGAGGAGCUAUCUGAAGACCUGUUCGUACAUACAGUUAAUGAUUGGACGGAACGUGGGGCAUUCGUUGUAGGAUAGCAGCGUACCCGACGGUAUGCGUAUGUUGCGAAGAUCAAAGAAUGUAUUCGUGUACCUGUGAACGAGGCGAGACGUAC